GAUUUAAAGAUGGCGGCGGUUGUCGACAUCGUGGAGAGCUCAGUGUUAUUUCGCGCAGUUGUGUGGCUUUUCCGCCGCUAAUCCCGAACAGAGAGGUUCAGUUUAGACAUCAUGAGGUGCAGGUUCCGACGCAGUGAGACCGGAUGCCUCGUGUAAACCGGACGGCCGUUUUAUCGCUGCUGAUCGUCAGCAGCUCCGUAUUCCUGUUGUUCCAGCUUUAUUACUACAGGAAAUACGUCAGCAAGCCUGGCCUUCACAUCCUGAGCCAAACAGGUCACCUGACCGCCAACGAUCUUCAAUGGCAAACUGUGAAAAAGUUUCUGGCAUUAGCUCAGCGCUUUAGGCUGCCCGUGUUCCUCACUGACACCGCCGCACUGACGCUGCUCUCCCAGGAUGCUUUGCGGCAUCGUGACCGACUGGUGCAUGAGCCACACUGCAGUUUUCUGUGCACUGGCCGGCCAGUCAUGUCCUUCGCUCUGCACGCCAACCUGUGGAAGUAUGAUCCUGGUUUCCUAGUGGCUGCAGAGCAGAAAGGCUUUGACCUGCUAGAGCUGAGAGGGGAUGACCCACGACUGGCUAGUCUGGACACCCUAUCAGGAGAGGAGAUCCCCCUGCACUUCCUGUUUCGCCUCCAGGGUUACAUCAUCCAGGUGGUCUUCCUCUAUGAGCGGAGUGGGAACUACUUGUGGCAUGGAGAGUUACGUCUCAAACCCAACGUGGACCGAAGCUUCGCUCCCUUCAAACUGCUUGACUACGGACGCCAUGCUGGAGCUUACGACAGGCCAGAGCUGGUCCUGACAGUUUUGGAUGGCCUGGAUGUUCAAGUCCCACACAACAUUUCCCGUUUUCUGUAUGAGCAGCGACAUUCCCACUUCUUGGAGUGCCGUUACCGUGACGCUCGUAACUUCUUACAACUCUACCCCGAAGACUCGUCCCCACAGGCAUUGGAUUUCCGAAGGAAAGUCAAGUCGUUGCUUCAUGUGGCUGCUCGAACACUCGCACGCCUCAACAUCCCCUUCUGGAUCAGCAGCGGGACAUGCCUGGGUUGGUUCCGGCAGUGUGGUCUCAUCUCCUACAGUCGUGAUGUUGACGUCGGGAUCUUCAUCACAGACUUCAGAUCAGAGAUGGUGGAGGUGCUCAGGGACGCCGGCCUGUCACUCAAACAUAAGUUUGGAAAGGUGGAGGACAGUCUGGAACUUUCCUUUCUGAGUGACGAUGUCAAACUGGACGUUUUCUUUUUCUACGAAGACGGAGACGUUGUGUGGAACGGAGGAACGCAGGCCAAGAGCGGCAGGAAGUUCAAGUACGUCUUCCCUCACUUCUCGCUCUGCUGGGUGGAGCUGCUGGAGCUUAAAGUCCGGGUUCCCUGUGAAACACUGGACUACGUGAUGGCGAACUAUGGAGCCACCUGGAGUGUCCCAGUAAAGAACUGGGACUGGAAGUCUUCACCUAGCAACGUGCAGGAAAACGGGGUGUGGCCUCCAUCUGAGUGGGCGGAGCUUAUCCAGGUUUAUUGACAGGAAACGCAACACUGAACAUACAAAUAAAGAUGAAGUUAAAAAGAA